AUGGUUCCCCAGGUUCAGGUCUCUCCGCUCAUCAAGUUCAGCCAAUACUCCGCCCUGGUCCUCGGCAUGGCCUACGGUGCCAAAUGCUACAGUUACCUAAAACCCUUGGCAGAGGAGAAGAGGCGAGUAGCAGCAGAGGAGAAGAGACUAGAUGAGCUAAAAUGCAUCGAGAGAGACCUGGGAGAAGCCCGAGAUGACAGCAUUCUCAAGUGAGGCGCCAGUGAGCUUGUCUUUAGUCGCUGAGGAUGAAUAAAGCUUUGUUGUGU